GAAUGUGCUGUGUAUCAAUUUUUUGAGUUUAUCCUACUCGUAGCUCCCGUGCUCCCUCUUAAGUCCGUCGGAGAAAACAGGUACAAGCUCCUUUCAAACCCACACUAUUUUCAAAGACGUUAGAGCCCAUUCUAGAUCAGGCUCCCAGGCUUCAACAAAUUUAUUUCGCACCCCGCAGAUUUGGUUACCUUUAAUCAUCUUGAGCUUCUUUUCAAACUGCAAGUCCUUUCACUUGCGCUUACCUUAAAAGCUUCAUCAAGCAACGAAAGACUCCCCAGAUGCUACAUGACCAGCUUGAGGUCAUUGUUGAAUCUUGGGGACGUCAGUCGUGAAUUCAAGCUCAAGUAGAAAAGCUUGUUGCGACUGAAUGAAUAUUACGAACAUGGCACCAGCAAACGGCGCGUCAAAAGUCAUGCAGAAUCGCCCAAGGCCUGCAGUUGCGGUUCCGAGAGGCAUUGUUCCUGCUCUGCCCCUUUCCUAUGGUAAGCUACAGCAAAAGAAAUUACCUACUAGAGAAAAGGCGAAGGAAGUCGUACCCCCAUCCUCGACGGUCCCAGCGGUCCAAGAACCCAUUACAUCGAUUUCAGCUAUCGAUACACCUUCCGCGCAUAUCGAUGAGCCUCUUCCAAAAGACAAAGCGUUGGAGGCGACAAAUGAAUCUCCCAAGUUUGCCCCCGCAGCAGCUGCCGGUACGCCGUCUACUUCUGAAUCGUUGGAUGGAUUCAGUUCUACUGAGUGCGGUGUUACGAAUGGUUCUGGUUCUACUGAGCGAAGUUCUACUGAACGAGAGGGUGAUGAGAAUUUGGUCAAUGUGAAUGAAGCAAAGGCAGACAACCCUCAAGAGGAAAAGCACUCUGCUCCAUCCGAAACUCAAUCUACUACAUCGAGAUCAACAUACCAAUUGCCUCCACCCUUUGUUCCAGCCAGCAAUCAAUCUACGAUGUCCUCCGAGUCGGCACAAUUUCCGCAGCAGGUCCCGUUCAAUGGUCAACAUCCAAUGCACCACACUCAUCCCAGCAUUUCAAACCCGAUCUUUGGUGGAUAUCCCGAUUCCAAUCAUUCGUCACCAGCUCCUCCUUCGAGCGCUGGAAAUAUUCCACCCUAUGGUUACGCACAGCAAGGUGGUGCGCGCCAUGGUCCUCAUCUCUCAAGCAGCGGCCAUCAACACCACAUGUCGAAUGGGUUUUCACCAAUGACUCCCGCAUUCCCGCCAGGAUAUUAUCACCAUCAAGACGGUUUUCAGGUUCCUCCGCCUGAUGACUUCCUUCGCAAACAAAUGCAACCGUUUGUUCCACAAGAAGGUUACUCCCCAACUGGUGCUCCCCAAAUUGUUGAGAGUCCUCGGUUCAACGGUUUUGAUCCAGCCGCUAAACACAACAUCCAUGGAUUUCGAACAUCGAUGCAGGACCAGGAGAACGGUCUGGGCCCCCAUUAUGGACAUCAUCCAUCUCCGCUUCCACCAAUGGGACCACCACCUUAUCGCGGCGUCGUCGGUUACCCGCGCAAAGAAGAAAUUCCAUGGGCAGGCGGCAACCGUCGAGAUCUUUGGUUUCACCUUCGUGAGCAAUUCGCACAACCAGAAUUUUCUGAUUGCGUUCUUGAGCUACGCUACUCUGAUGACCGAGCAGCUCCUCUUCGAAUUAGUGGUCAUAGAUUGAUCUUGGCUCGCAGUUUCAUUUUGAAAGGUCUCAUUACAUCUGGAGCUAGCGCAAAUUGUGAAUCGCCUUCACCUAUUCAGAACAUCUUGAUCGAGUCAGAUGACCGUUACUUGCGAUCUGAUGCAUUUUCAUUAGCGGUACGAUAUUUAUAUGGCGGACCUAUAUUGGACUUGGAUGCAAUGGCCCGCUUUCCAGCUCCAUACAUUGGAUCGGCCCCCAUGCCAUUAACCCCAGCUGAACGUUUCAAUUUCACGCUUGGCUAUAUAGCAUCAGGGGUUGUCCUUCAAAUUCCUCAAAUUUGGAAGACUGGCUGCACCAUUGCGAGCCAACUCAUUACCUGGGACACAGUCGAAAAGGCUCUUGAAUUUGCUCUCGAAGGAGGUAUUGAUGGAUCGUGGAACUCAGGAAAUCCAGAUGUCAAUGACAUAGUCGGCAGAAGUACUUAUACUCCAUGCGCUAACGUCAUCAUUUCCAAUAUAAUCAACUUCAUCAUCCUGUCCUUCCCUCCUAACUUCGAAUUGAAUACGACAGUUUCAGACAUUCAUUUCAACUCUAGAAUACCGCAUGUACCUGAUCACCGACCCACAAACUCACGACUGAGCUCUAUUAAGUUCGGUGACCACCCUACAGAAGAGAGUCUUCGCUCCCCUUCCUCGGAUUCCAUUACUCUCACGCUGUCAAGGUUAUUACUCAACUUGCCAUUUGGUCUCUUGAAGCAUGUAUUAGAAACAGGAAAUAUGGGUGUUAUUCAUGGCCAUGCAACCCAUUUACUUCGACGAAAAGUCAUGCAUCCCGUCAUUGUGGAGCGUGAGAAGAGAAGACAGAGAGCUCUCGCUAGUAAAAUACCUGACGAGGAGCGAAUCAAAAAUGGACGUCAAUGGAAUGCCGUCGGCUGGAAAGAGGCGGUCCUUCCGUUUGAUGACAAUCGUAACGAAGAAGUUCCAUGUUUGAGAAAGACUUGGGUCGGUUUCACAAAUACUGAAAGCAAGUAACCUUGGUUCACUGAAGAACUUCCGAGAUGGGCUUUUUGUAUUUGAUCAUUAAAAGGGUGCUUUGGCGUUGGAUUGGUUCAGCGGUUUCGAGGGCAAAUGAGAUAUAUCUUUGCAUAAAAAAUGGGCGGACGGGACUCGUGGUCAUCUCUUCUGGCCUACCUAUUUCCUUGAGACUUGAGACAUUUGCUUGUCUUGCUUUCGGUUGCUAGGUGAAAAUAAUCAAUUUUACGAAAACGUUUUACGGUGGUAAUGAGAUACGUAUGGCACGAAUCAUCAAACUACAAAAUAGUUGAUGAAUAAAUAAAUA